AUGGCAAUACAUGUUAAACAUUCAUUCAAUAAAAGGCUCAUUAAUUCUGAAGCCGCCAUUUUAAUCUCUCUUGCAAAGGCAGUGGUCAAGGUGAGACGUGUGUUGAAUUUAACUUAUGGUGAUAAGUCAAACAACCAUUGGAACAAUAGCCGUGGUGAAAACGGUGGUUCCAAAUUCGGAGGAGGGGGCAAGUUCGGAGGUAAUGGAACAUCACGAUUUAAUCAUGGAGGAUCUAAAUUUGGCGGUGGUGGCGGAAAGUUUGGCGGCGGAGGAAAGAAAGAGUUUUCCGGAGGACAGAGUAUGAGACGACCGAACUGGGACACUAUGUCCUUACAACCGUUCAACAAAGAUUUCUACAACCCGCCACCAUCAGUCCUAAACAGAUCGCCAUAUGAGGUCGAGGAGUACAGGAACAAGCAUGAGGUCUCAGUCAGCGGAGCCGAUGUUCCUAACCCGAUACAGCAUUUUGAAGAAGGAAACUUCCCAGACUAUGUUAUGAAAAGCAUUUCAAGCAUGGGUUACAAUGAGCCCACGCCUAUUCAAGCUCAAGGGUGGCCGAUUGCCAUGUCCGGAAAGAAUUUAGUUGGUAUUGCUCAGACUGGAUCUGGUAAAACAUUGGCAUACAUUCUGCCUGCUAUUGUUCAUAUCAACAACCAACAGCCCGUAAGAAGGGGUGACGGCCCAGUCGCACUUGUAUUAGCGCCAACUAGGGAAUUGGCUCAACAGAUACAACAGGUUGCCACAGAUUUUGGUAAUGCCGCAUACGUGCGUAACACGUGCGUCUUCGGUGGAGCACCUAAGAGGGAACAGGCCCGUGAUUUGGAGAGAGGGGUUGAAAUUGUGAUUGCCACCCCUGGAAGGUUAAUUGAUUUCUUAGAAAAGGGGACAACAAAUCUUCAAAGAUGUACUUAUUUAGUGCUCGAUGAAGCUGACCGCAUGUUGGAUAUGGGUUUCGAGCCUCAAAUACGAAAGAUCAUAGAACAGAUUCGCCCUGACAGACAGACUCUCAUGUGGUCGGCCACAUGGCCUAAAGAGGUUAGAAAACUAGCUGAAGACUAUCUUGGUGACUAUGUCCAAAUUAACAUUGGAUCUAUGCAGUUGUCUGCUAACCACAACAUUCUACAAAUUGUUGAUGUGUGUCAAGAACAUGAGAAAGAAAAUAAGUUAAACACUUUACUACAAGAAAUAGGUCAAAGUCAAGAUCCAGGAUCAAAGACAAUUAUAUUUGUCGAGACUAAGAGAAAAGUUGAAAAUAUCACUAGAAAUAUAAGACGUUAUGGCUGGCCAGCGGUUUGCAUGCACGGUGACAAGACACAGCAGGAAAGAGAUGAUGUGUUAUAUCAAUUUAAACAAGGAAGAGCCAACAUACUUGUUGCAACAGAUGUUGCUGCUAGAGGACUUGACGUUGAUGGUAUCAAAUAUGUAAUAAACUUUGAUUACCCAAAUUCAUCUGAGGACUACAUUCACCGAAUCGGAAGAACGGGGAGAUCUAAAUCAAAAGGCACAUCAUACGCCUUCUUCACACCUUCAAAUUCCCGUCAAGCUAAAGACCUUGUAUCAGUGCUUCAGGAAGCCAACCAGGUUGUUAGUCCUCAAUUGCAAACGAUGGCCGACCGUUGUGGAGGCGGCGGUGGCGGUGGAUGGAAUAGAAAUAGGUUUGGAGGUGGUCGAGGAGGUGGAUCAUUCAAGAGAGGAUCAAACUUCGGCAGGGGCAGCGGGGGACAGGGCGGCGGCGGACACAAGAGAUUCAAUAAUGAAUAUGAUUAUUAA